GAUUUUCGAAAACUGAACGACGAUGGCGUUGCCGAGAGUGAUGUGGAUGGUUUUGGUGCUGUUUGCCACAGUUCAAGCUAAGCCUCAACAAAGGUGUUACGUGAAGCACGCGGAUUUCGUCUUCGUCCUCGACUCUUCCAGCAGUAUAUGGCGUCCAGACUACGACAGGCAGCUGGAGUUCGUGAAGGAUGUGGUGGAAGAGUUCAACGUCGGCUACAAUGAUGACGAGAGUCGGGUAGGCAUCGUCACUUUCAGCGACAAGGUCCAUGUUAAAUUCUACCUGAACCAAUACGGAGAGAAAAAGGCGAUGAAGGACGCGAUAUCCAGGAUAGGCUACCUCACGGGUGGUACGAACACUGCGGCCGCCAUCCGUAAGGUGCACACAACGAUGUUCAAAGAGCACUACGGUGCCAGAUCUAAUGUAGACCAUGUCGCCGUGGUUAUCACCGACGGGAAAUCCAAGAAUUCCAAAGAGACUCUGAAGGAGGCGGAGCUAGCGAGAGAGGCGGGGAUCCAAAUCUUCGCCAUUGGCGUUGGUAACCAGGUGUCCAUCGACGAGUUGGCCGGAAUUGCCUCCUCUCCGUCUUCCAAGUUCAUGUACAGAGUUGGCAACUACAGGGCACUGAACUCAAUUAUAUCCAAUCUUGCCACCCAGACAUGCGAAGAUAUUGAAGAGACAACAACCACCACCUCAACAACCACAACAAUGCCCAUCACGACGCCAACCACUACCAGCACAACAACAACCACAACAACACCGACCCCAACAACAACGACUUCCACAACAACGGAGAGCACAACCACUUCCACGACACAACUACCAACAACAACGACGACGACGAUGGCAACAACAACGACAGAACGCCCACAAGGAGACGAAGGAGAAAUCGUUCCAUUGUGCGGAGGAAAACCGGCUGAUGUCUUCUUCAUCUUGGACUCAUCCACGAGCAUCUGGACUGUUGACUUCAAGAAGCAGCUAGAGUUUGUCAAGAAUGUUAUCCGGACCUUCGAUGUAGGACCGAACAAAACCAGAGUGGGACUGUCCACGUUCAGCGACACCGUCCAUCCCAUGAUUAACUUCGAUCAGUACACAAGCAAAGACCAGCUGUUCCGCGCAGUGGACGCCGUUAAGUACCAGGGUGGGCUAACAUUCACCGGAGACGCCAUAGAAGACAUGUUAAACCGCGCUUUCGCCCCAGGGUACACCCGUCCUGGCGUCGCCCACAUCGCCGUGGUAAUCACGGACGGUGAGUCCAGAGAGCAACAGAAGACUGCUGAGCAAGCCCUACUCGCACAGAACUCCGGUAUCUACAUGUUUGCCAUCGGAGUUGGAAAGGCUGUCAACGAGGAUGAAUUGAAAGCCAUAGCCAGUAAUCCAGACAGUAACUACGUAUACACCGUGAACAGCUACGACGCCUUGGAUACCUUAAAGCAUAUUCUGGCCCAGAAGGCUUGUGAAGUGGAAGUGACUCCAACACCUGAACCGGUUUUGAUUAAAGAUGAGCCGAAGUGUACUCGGGGAAAUGCCGAUCUGAUGUUCACCAUCGACUCACGCCGCUCUUCACCUUAUGCCUCUCGGAGUAUCAUCACUCUGAUUGACAACGUGAUCCGGGACCUAGAAUUGUCCAUGCUUCGCCUCAAGGUUGGCCUGUUACAAGACGUUUGCGUGGCAAACAGUGGAGACAUUGCACUCUCUUCUCACGUCGAUGCCUUCCGGAAGCAACUGAACGCCAUCCAAUACGCCAACUUGGCUGCUCUCAUUCACCGUCUGCGCACUGAAAGGUUUUACAUGCAAGACCCCAGUGAAAAAAUAGCCGUCCUUUUCGUGGACGACAAACUCGACCAACCAAAGGACACGGUGAAGGAAGCGUAUCUUGCUCGACGACAAGGCAUUGAGAUUUUCGUCGUUGCUGUUGGCAAUAGUUACGUGAACAGUGAAGUUAACUCCCUUUGCUCAGCUCCAGCUAGGUCACAUGUCAUCCGGGUACCAGACUAUUCCAAGCUUCUUGCAGUACGGCAGCAGUUAGGUCAACAGAUCUGUAUUCCUAGUUUACUCAGAAAUGCCGGUCUCUAUUAUUAAAACCACCCUCAUCAUGAAGCGACUCUAGGAAAUACGGCAAAAGGUCUCUGUGCUUAGCGCAUAUAGAGGAAUGACAGUUACUGAUGUAUUAUCAAAGCCGUUGCGACAUUUGCCCUACAUAAGGUUGUCUUUUCCUGUAGAGCUCCAACGCUUUGAUAGUGUCCCUUGAUUAUGAUCUCUAAUCGAUGAUGUACCAAAGAUUUUUGAUUAUUGAUCUCCCAGUAUAUGCUACUCGAAGUGACAAAUGAUCUCAAAAUAUUAACAUAAAUAUACACACGUAUAGUGUAUAAACAUAUGCCCAUGUUCUCAUAAUGUAUACUUUGGUUGCAAACCUAGGUCCUACGCCCUGUAAGCCCGAUGAGGACAUCUCGCCUCAGGAGGGUGGGCCUUCUUCUUUCUGUAUAUAACAGGAUUGGGGAACACUUGAAUACAACUCAAACCUUCCAGAGUGUGUGUUCUAUGUGCCUCACGUCGCUUAAAAGAAAUAUUUGACAAAACAUAUGGUUGUGCAUGCAUGUGACGUAUUUGUAUAUACAUAAAACGAUAUCAUAAGCUGAUAAAUGACUUGGUUUGAAUUAUCCCCAAAACCCCAAUUAAGACAGUGUGAUGUAUUUAUUUCUAAAUCGCAGUGUGUGACAAUAAAACAUUUA